AUGGCAUUAGAAAAUAUAUUUAAUAAUAAAUAUAUUGAUUUAUCUACUGGAUUUGAUGGGUAUCUCGAAAAAAAUGAUGAUAUCCAAACCGGAAAUCUCAUUGAUAAAGGUUUUGGUUUUCCUAUUUUACUUACUCCAAAGAGUGACAAGAUUCGUGACGAUUAUUUUGAGAACAUCGCUAUUGAACAACAAGCUGGACCUUCUUCAAAAUGA